UACAAUGGCUACUGAUUCAGGGGAGCCAGCUAGCACAGAAGAUUCUGAGAAACCUGAUGGAGUUUCAUUUGAAAACAGAGUUCAUCAGAUGGCAACAAUUUUGACAGUGGAAGCUAGACGAAAGGAAAAAGACAGUACCAUCUCUGCUUCUGGAGAAACUAUAGAAAGGAAGAGAUUUUUCAGAAAGAGUGUUGACGACAAAGUCAUUGAAUCUUCCUCCAAAGAUCAGAGAACAAAGACCGCAACAAACAUUCCAAGAGUAGAAAAGCUUCCUACAAAUGUGCUAAGAGGUGAACAAGAAGUUAAGUUCGCACAUUGUUCAAAGGCAGCUUCUGAUUCCUCAAAAGAUUGUUUCAAGGAGAGAAAUGAAAAGGAAAUGGAAGAAGAAGCAGAAAUGAAGGCUGUAGCUACUUCUCCUAGCGGCAGGUUCCUGAAAUUCGACAUCGAGUUAGGAAGAGGAGCGUUUAAAACAGUAUAUAAAGGACUGGACACUGAAACAUGGGUCGAGGUUGCUUGGUGUGAGUUGCAGGACCGGAAAUUAACCAAAGCUGAGCAGCAAAGGUUCAAGGAAGAAGCAGAGAUGUUAAAGGGUCUCCAACAUCCCAAUAUAGUUCGAUUUUAUGACUCCUGGGAGUCUAUAUUAAAAGGAAAGAAAUGCAUUGUAUUAGUGACUGAACUUAUGACAUCAGGAACAUUAAAGACGUACUUAAAACGAUUUAAAGUCAUGAAACCAAAGGUCCUAAGGAGCUGGUGCAGGCAAAUUUUAAAGGGGUUGCAGUUCUUGCACACUAGGACUCCACCUAUUAUUCACCGGGAUCUGAAGUGUGACAAUAUUUUCAUCACGGGACCUACUGGAUCUGUGAAGAUUGGUGAUCUAGGCCUAGCCACCUUAAUGCGCACAUCAUUUGCUAAGAGUGUCAUUGGGACUCCUGAGUUUAUGGCCCCAGAGAUGUAUGAAGAGCACUAUGAUGAAUCUGUAGAUGUCUAUGCUUUCGGAAUGUGUAUGCUGGAAAUGGCAACUUCGGAGUACCCUUACUCUGAGUGCCAAAAUGCAGCUCAAAUAUACCGUAAAGUAACUAGUGGCAUAAAACCAGCCAGUUUCAAUAAAGUCACUGAUCCUGAAGUGAAAGAAAUCAUUGAAGGUUGUAUUCGUCAAAACAAAUCUGAAAGGUUGUCUAUCAGGAACCUACUAAACCACACAUUUUUUGCUGAGGAUACCGGACUGAGGGUGGAGUUAGCAGAGGAAGAUGAUUGCUCAAAUUCAUCCCUGGCUUUAAGACUCUGGGUGGAAGACCCUAAAAAAUUGAAAGGCAAGCACAAAGACAAUGAAGCUAUUGAAUUCAGUUUUAAUUUAGAAACGGAUACACCUGAAGAAGUAGCAUAUGAAAUGGUCAAGUCAGGAUUCUUCCAUGAAAGUGAUUCCAAAGCUGUUGCUAAGUCCAUUAGAGACCGGGUGACCCUGAUAAAGAAGACAAGAGAGAAGAAGCCAGCUGGCUGGCUGGAAGAACGCAGGGAUUCUCGGUGCAAGUCUAUGGGGAAUGUUCUCCCUCAACUCCAGAAUACAACUUUGCUCCCUACUCCUGCCCAGCACACUGUGGCUGAAUGUGAAGAAACUGAAGUCGAUCAACAAGUUCGACAACAGCUUCUACUAAGAAAACCACAGCAGCACUGCUCCUCUGUUACAGGUGACACUUUGUCCGAGGUAGGAGCUGGAUCAGUUAUACACUCAGAUACAAAUCAGCCCAGUACAGUCUAUUCCUCAGACCAAAUGAUGGGUUCUCAAAUGGUUGCUAACAUCCCACGGGCUGAAAUAAAAGUUCAUGGGAAAAUUUAUCCAUCCCAGCAGCUCGUAGGACAUUGCCAGCAGGUUUCAGAUUUACAGAAGCAGCCAAAGCUGACUCAGCCCCAAAUUUUGCCUUUGACUCAAGGUCAGUCCACUGUUUUGCCUGUACAUGUCCUUGGACCGCCAGUUGUCUCACAACCUCUGGUGUCCCCAUUAACUGUCCAGAAGGUCUCACAGAUAAAGCCUACAUCCCAACCAGUUGGAGUUGAACAACAAGCAAAUCUUCUAAAACCAGAUUUAGUUCGAAGUUUGCAACAUGAUGUGGCAGCUGUGAAGGAGAACACCAAUGCCCCUGACAACUCAAGUGGAAAUGGAAAACAAGAUCGGAUCAAACAGAGAAGAGCUUCCUGUCCUAGACCAGAGAAAGGGACUAAAUUUCAGCUUACCGUUCUUCAGGUGUCAACCUCUGGAGACAACAUGGUGGAAUGUCAACUGGAGACACACAAUAACAAGAUGGUGACUUUCAAGUUUGAUGUUGAUGGUGACGCACCAGAGGAUAUAGCAGACUAUAUGGUUGAAGAUAACUUUGUGCUGGAAAGUGAGAAAGAAAAAUUUGUAGAAGAAUUGAGGGCUAUCGUAGGUCAAGCCCAGGAGAUUCUUCAUGUCCACUCUGCUGCAGAAAAAGCCACUGGAGUUGACUCUGUUAAUGUGGAAUCCAACAGUAGCCAAACAGGAUCAUCUGAACAAGUACAGAUAAAUUCUGCAUCCACUCAAACCAGCAAUGAAUCUGUUCCUCAGUCAUCCCCAGUUGGUCGGUGGCGAUUCUGUAUCAAUCAAACAAUAAGAAACCGUGAGGCUCAAUCACCCCCUUCUCUUCAGCAGUCCAUGUCUACAGUUCCUGGGCUAUAUCCACUUUCUAGUCCAAGAAAAAUAAAUAAUAAGGAAUUAUCACAGGAUACACUGCUCACUCUAGAAAAUAAUCCAUCCCAGCGUGCACUUUUCACCUCCAAGUCAGAACACAAGGAUGUAGUUGAUGGUAAGAUUUCUGAAUGUGCCAGUGUAGAAACUAAGCAGCCAGCUAUACUUUAUCAAGUGGAAGAUGACAGGCAUAUCAUGACACCUUUUGCUAGUAGUUCCACUUACACUGCUACUUCAGUUCAUAGUGUUCCAGUUGAAUGUGAGGGACUCACCAACCAAGCAGGAAUGUUUCUGCCUGUGAAUCCAUGUCACCAAGCUGCCAGUCAGGCUAAUGUACUUACGGCACCUCCUGGCGAGUCAACUCAUAUUGCUGGUAACUCUCUUAGAACUUCAGCAUUUAUGUCUGAUCAGAAGCCUCAGUCCUUAUCAGUGCAACAGCCAACCAUAGAUGCAGAGUUUAUAUGCCAAGAAGGAGAAACCACAGUGAACACUGAAGCAAGUUCUCCUAAGAUGGUUGUUCCCACUCAGACCCCCAGCCUUGAACCGACUACCCUUCUACCCACUACUGUCCCGGAAUCAGAUGGGGAAAGACCUCCAAAAAUGGAGUUUGCAGAUAACCGAAUUAAAACUCUGGAUGAAAAAUUAAGAAACUUGCUGUAUCAGGAGCAUAAUAUAACUAGUGUCUAUCCUGAGAGCCAGAAGGAUACCCAAAGCAUAGACUCUCCAGUUUCUUCCUCUGCUGAAGAUACACUCUCAUGUCCAGUGCCAGAAGUCAUAGCCACCAGUCACUGUGGAAUUCAAGACAGUUCUGCACAGUCCCCCGAUUUUCAGCAGACAGGCUCUAAGAUUCUGUCCAAUGUGGCUGCCAGUCAGCCUGCUAUUAUGUCAGUGUUCAAAAGGGACCUGAAUGUGAUAACUUCUGUACCCAGCGAAUUAUGUUUACAUGAGAUGUCCUCAGAUGCUUCACCUCCAGGGGACCCAGAGACCUAUCCUGCUGAUGUGUCAAGAGGUGGAGCCAUUCGUCUGCAGACAGGAGGUGGAUAUUUUGGCCUAAGCUUUACUUGUCCUAGUCUCAAAAAUCCUAUUAGCAAGAAAUCCUGGACUCGCAAAUUAAAAAGCUGGGCAUACAGGCUACGGCAGUCAACCAGCUUUUUCAAGAGAUCAAAAGUCCGUCAAGUGGAAACAGAAGAUACGAGGUCAGCAGUUGCUCCUGAUCCCAUUCCUCUGACAGGAGAGUCCACGGCUGAUACUAGGGCUUCAAGUAGAUGUAAAGCAAUGAGUGGAUCAUUUCAGCGGGGUCGGUUCCAGGUGAUUACAGUUCCUCAGCAGCAGCCAGUGAAAGUGGCAUCUUUUGGAAUAGAACCCAGACCAGCCUUCACCGAAAUGACAAGCCAUUCUAGUGAAGAAGGUCUAGCCUCUACUGAAACAGCAAAGGUUCGGCUGGUUGAAAUGGAACCUGCCACACACAAUCCACAAACUUUAUUUUCUCCUCAGAAGUCACAAACCCUUCAUGAAACGAUUAAGGAAGAUAAAGGAAUUCCUAAACAAGCCGACAACUUCUCAUCUUUCAGCACAGCUUGUGAGACCGAUAUCUCUUCAAUAACCCCUGAAAAGGAAUUGGAAGAAAAUUCAGCCACAGGAAGCAGCAUGCAGUCUGGGUCUGAUCAUUUGCCUAAAGAGAAAGAAGGACUUACUGUUGGGAAACAACCUAGCUCUGAUAGUGAAUUUUCAGCCUCUCUUGCUGGCAGAGGGAGCUCAGUAGCAAAGCUUCAUCCAGAGAGUGAUCAGUGCUUACUACUCGGUGAAGAAAAAGCCUGUGCUCAAAGACAGAGCUCACUUUUCUAUUCUCCAUCUUCCCCAAUGAGCAGUGAUGAUGAAUCAGAAAUAGAGGAUGAGGACUUAAAGGCGGAGCUUCAAAGGUUACGAGAAAAACAUAUUCAGGAGGUGGUAAAUCUUCAAACCCAGCAGAAUAAGGAGCUGCAGGAGCUCUAUGAUCGCCUUCGGGCAAUUAAAAAUAGCAAAAUCCCAUCAUCAGAGAUUGCUCUUCCACCUGUGUCACCACCACGUAGACCAAGACCUUUGAAAAGCAAGCUUCGAAGUCGCCCCCAGUCGUUGACCCAUGUGGACAGUGGUGUAGUUGCUACAGACCCACUAUGUGUGGAGAGUAAUACAACAUCAUGCCAGCAACCUUCAGCUAGUAAAAAAGGGAUGUUCACAGAUGACUUACACAAACUGGUGGAUGACUGGACAAAGGAAACAGUAGGAAAUUCUCUUAUUAAGCCAAGUUUAAACCAACUUAAGCAGAGUCAACACAAGUUAGAGACAGAUAACUGGAACAAAGUACAUGAAAAUACUCCGUCUACUCUGGGCUACACACCAACAUGGAUUUCUUCUCUGUCCCAAAUCCGCGGAGCUGUCCCGACCUCUUUGCCACAAGGACUCCCACUCCCUUCGUUUCCUGGGCCAUUGUCAUCAUACAGAAUGCCCCCCGUUUGUCAGUAUAAUGCUGUGGGGGGGCCAGGGUAUCCAGUACAGUGGGUAGGAAUUUCAGGAGCACCACAACAGCCUUUAGUGAUUCCUACCCAGCCUGGGGGACCGUUCCAGCUGGGGAUGAGUUUGCAGGCGUUUCCAGCUUCAUCAGCACAGAAGCCAUCCGCUAUUCCUCCUGGUCCCAAGUGAAUCAGAGUAGGUGAUGAA